AAUGGCGAGGAAUUUUUUGUUGACGCAGUAAGACUGUUAGAGUGUCAUAGGGAAUAAAGUGAAUAUUUUAAAAUCUAACAAUUCAAGAUAACUAAGGAUGAUAGUUGUUUAAUAACAUUUAACUGUAGAGUUAUUUUGUUAAAGAAAUAAGAUCAUUUGAUGUUUAUACAAGCGCUUUUGGUUGCAGAGAAUUUUAUUGAUUUUCCAAGAGUACACCACAUUAUCAUUCAGCAGAGAAGCGAUGCUUUUCCAGUUUUUCAUGUGGCUAUUGUGUAAGUUAUUUUAACAAAAACAUCAAUGUCUGCUAUGUACAGAAGUGUAAAUCAGACUGAUACACCAGCAGUAACUUUUACACAUGAAGAACAAGCUCGAACAUCUCGAUGCAAAAAAAAUAUUCGUAGCUGUAUUCUAUUUUUCGUUGUUGUUGUCUUAGCAGGCUCCUUAAUAUCUUAUUACGUAGUGUCUAGGUAUAGCAUAAAACCAAAUAGAGAUGUUGAACAGGAUUAUGCUAAACUAUCUUUUGAAAUAUCGGCUAGAAAUAAAAGUUUUUGCAAAAUUACUCGACAAAUGGACAAAAAUGAAGAAUUGUAUUGGGACAUAACAAGUUAUGCUUUCAAAAAUUCGGAAGAAUGUAUAGUACAUGGACCAUCUAUUGACAUUACUGGAUCUAUCUGUAUCACUUAUUUAUAUAAAUCGAAAAACACCAAAUUCAAGAUUUUAGCCACAAAUCAAAAAUAUCAAUACUAUUCUGACUAUAAAUUCUUCUUUGACAAACAAUGGAAUACAAGAACAAUCAACUUUGAUUAUAACUAUGCAGAACCAUGGAAAAUUUCAUUUAAUGUAUUUACACCUUUUCAAAGGAAAGUUUUGGAAGGAAAUUUAAAAAUUAAAAGAUUAUUAAUCAGAAAUUCUAUGUGCAAAAAAGGAAUUUUGAAAAAAGCAAAGAAAAUUGAUCAAUUGUCUUGCGAAUUUAUUGAUGGAUUGUGUGGAUAUUCUAUUAUGAAAGUUACUUCUGGACGUAAGGGUACAAUAGUAAUAUCUCCUUUAUAUCAAUUUGAAAAGGGAUCGGCAUGCAUUCAGCUAAACUUUAAACAGAAUGCAAAGUAUCCUAUAGCCGAGUGCAACGUUUUCCUUAAUCAAUUCUUUGUAAAAUACACAAAUAAGUUUGUAAAAGUUUCAAGAAUAACUUGCCAAACUAUGGUAAAAUAUUCUAAUUUAGAUAUUCCAGUAAAUUCUAAACAGUUUAAAAUUGAAAUGAGUGCUGAAAAUAUUGAAAUUAAUAGAAUAAAAAUAUAUUCUCAAUCGUGCAAUCAACUGAAAAAUGAAAAUUCUCCAAUUGAAAAUUUUACUUCUCUAUUUGGAAAGUUUAAUAUGGUGAUAAUUGAAAGAAAUUCAGAAUAUAUAUUCAAUCCUAUUUAUAACGUUAAAUUUGAAAUUAACUACUGUAAAAAUGGGAAUUCAUUGAAAGAAGCUUCUUUUGAUUGUAAUUUCCAGAAGGAUAUAUGCGAUUAUCGUAUUUUAAAAACAACAUCCAAUUUUUACUUCAAGUGGCAAAUGCAAGGAGAAAGAGAUUUUAGCUUGGUUUUGGAAAAGACUAAAUAUGAAACUAAUGGAGUUGCAAUACUAAUUUCACCAAUUAUUGAAGGGAAAACACCAAAACAUUUAAGAUUAGAAAUGAGCAAUAACAAUGGAAUGAAAACUGUUAAUUUGAUGGAAAGACAAAAAGAGAAAUAUUUCACUCAUACAAGAAAGAUAAGGAAGAAUUUCUUCUGUAAUCAAACAAUAUUUUUGGAAUUAAGCCAACAAGUUAAUCAGUUUAAGCUUGAAAUGAAAAGCAGUGACUUUGAAGUUGGAGAUGACGCAGUAAGAUUGUUUUCUAUUUCCAAUGGAGAUUACUAUAAAAACAGUCUUCUACUGUCCUGUAAUUUUCUUUAUAAGCCAUGUCAGACAAAAUUUUCAUUGGAUAAACAAACUUUUACCCAAUGUGGUGGCAAUUGGAAAUGGCAAACAUUUACUGAUGCAAAUCCAAAUCAAAAAAGUAUUUUACCGCAUUUGUUUAUUCCAAAAAUAUCUGGUAAAAGGGUGAUAUGUUUGGAAUUUGAUUAUAAAGAUCCUAACGAAAUUCCGAAUGUUGAUAGUUCUAUAACAAUUAGUCAAAUUGGAUGGAAAGAGAAUCCAUCAUUUGUAAAACAUGUCGCUUCCAUUGAAUAUAAAUUCACUAACAGGACGCAAAUUGAAUUUUACUCAUAUAGUUCGCCUAAAACUAUUGAAAUUAUUUUCAAGCAAUUCAAUUAUGAAAAUGUCAAAUUGUAUUAUGUCGAUAUUUUAGAUGGUUAUUGCAGAAAUCCAUUAUUUCCAAGAUAUGAUAAGAAAAUGGAGAGAUUAACCUGUAAUUUUAAUAAUGGAUUAUGCGGUUAUGAAAUAUUAAAUACCAUUAAUUCUACUUUUGAACUGCGAUUUAUCAAAGAAAUAAAAAGACAAAAUUAUUAUCUAUCUAUAUUCUUUUCAAAAUAUCAUACAAUUAAACAUGGUGUAUCAACAAUUUUAUCACCAAAAAUUCAAGAAUUUUCAUCCAACAAAUGCUUUAUAAUCAAAUUAAAAUCAAAUAGAGAUUUCUCUAUUGACAAACUAGCUGUUUAUGUAAAGAAUAGAUACGAAAAUACUUUCAAGAAAAUUCAAAAUGGAAUAGAAUAUGGUCAAGUCAACAUUUCAAAAACUGUUGAACAGGUAUUUUUGAAGGGUAUGAGAGAAAACGGCCCAUUUUUCUUGGUGUUUUACCCUAAAACCAACCCAACAUUUAACAGGCCUGCAUGA